AUGUCCGCUACGGCGUCGCGCCCGCGGCCGCGCCCUGCGCAUGGCCUCGGCUGCACUCGCUGUGCUUACACGCCCAACGGCCGCCAGCUGAUCUCCGUCGGCGCCACCAACACCAUCCGCAUCUUCAAGACGGGUUCCGACGGCGAGCCCACCAACGUCGACGACUGCCAAGAGCAAAACGUCAGCGUCGCCGCCACCGACACGUUUUUUGUCGCCGGCUCCGAGGAUGGCACCGUCAGCCUCUACUCCCUCGACGCUCCACCCUCCUUUGAGAGCUUUCUGCUGCGCACGUCGCUGCCCGUGCGUGAAGUGGCCCUCUCGCCCGAUGGCCGCUGGUGCGCCGUGGCGAGUGACGAGCUGACAGUGCGCAUCGUGCGUGUUGACGACAAUACGGUCGUCCGCCACCUGCGCGCCCACAACCGGCCAGCCAAGCACGUGUCGUUUGACCCGAAGGGUCGUACGGUUUCUGUGUCUUGCACAGAUGGCAUCAUCUACGUCUACUCGCUGAUCGAGACGGACGACGAGAACGAGACUGGUGCCGCGGGACCCGAUGCUGCUGAAACCAACAACAACAACAACAACAACACAAAAGGCGACCCGGCCCUGAUUCGCAAGGUCGACGGCAUCAUCGGCAGCCUGGACUCGGAAGCCGACACCUCUGCCAAGGUCGCCUGGCACCCCGACGGCCGUGCUUUUGCCGUGCCGACGCCUACGCGUGACAUACAGGUCGUCUCAAAGCACGACUGGGAGAAGCAGCGCGUGUUUGCAAAUGGCCACGACGGCGAGAUCACCGCGCUCGCCUGGUCGCCCAACGGCGCACUCUUGGCAUCCGCCGGAAAAGACGGCAAAAUUCUCCUGUGGGAGACCAAAUCCCAAAGCGUUAUCGCCCGCUACGACUACAGCGGCGUCCAAGACAUUUCCUGGCACCCGACCAACAACCUCGUAGCCUUUACAAACGGCGAGGGUGAGGUGUACAUCUACCCAGACUUUAUCACCGCCCAGUACGCCGUGCUGCUACGGUUGCCCACGCAGCCGAGCCCCUUCAUCCACGACCCGCUCGGCGAGAUCUCCGCCAACGGCCUUGCCCGCCGACCACAGCAGCAGCGGCCAGACGGCAGCCGCAAGGCUGGCGGUGCUGAGCAGUCGGGCCUGGUUGCCCGUGAGGCUGUGGAGGGCGACGACGACGAUGAGGACCUCGACAGUUUAUUGAAUGGCGACGACUAUGACAUGAUGGCCGAUGAUGACGACGGUUUUGUCGUGGACGACGACGGCGCUGGCUACACCAUGGCCGGCGCCAAUGGUGGCCGUAAACGGCCACAUGACGGCGACAGCGGACUUCUCCCAGUCCGGGGUGCCAAGCGAGCUGGCGGUGCUGGCGCCGGUGGCCGCGCGCUGUGGCAGCCUCAAUACCACCCGGCCUUCCAGCCCGGGUCGACGCCCUGGCGCGGCAACCGUAAGUACCUUUGCCUCAACCUCGUGGGCGUGGUCUGGACCAUCGACCAGGACGCCCACUACACUGUGACGGUCGAGUUCUACGACCGUGAGUUCCAGCGCGACUUCCACUUCACCGACACCUUUUUAUACGACAAGGCCUGCCUCAACGAGCACGGCACACUCUUUUCGUGCCCACCACGUGGCGCUGGGGACGGAUCCAGUCCAUCGUCUUCGCCUGCCAUGGUGUUUUACCGCCCACACGAGUCUUGGACACAGCAGCGCCUCGACUGGCGCACCAAACUGCCAGCCGGCGAAUCCGUCGUCGCCAUGUCGCUGAGCGCAUCGUUUGUCACUGUCGUCACGAGCGCCGACUACGUGCGCGUCUACACGCUGUUUGGUGUGCCCUACCGCGUCUACCGGCCCAAGAGCACGCCCGUCGUCACGUGUGCGAGCUGGAAGGACUAUGUUUGGACGCUGGGCAAUGGUCCCAUGGCGCCCGACGGUACCGCGCGCCUGCAGUACACCAUUGAGAAUGUGCAGCGCGACGAGAUCUGCCAGAACGAGGACGCCAUCGCGCUGCCUGCUGGCGCUUCGGUGCAGUCCGUCUUCUUUUCCGACGAGGGCGACCCGUGCAUCUACGACUCGACCGGCACGCUGUUGACACUGCUGCAUUGGCGCCGGCCGUCACGCGCAUCCUGGGUGCCGCUGCUCGACACGCGACAGAUGGCGCGUCUGGCAUCAGGACGCAAACACGAGACGUACUUCCCCAUCGCCGUCGCCGACCGCAAGUUCCACUGUAUUAUCCUCAAGGGCGGCGACCAGUAUCCCUACUUCCCGCGUCCGCUGUUGUCCGAGUUUGAUUUCAGCAUCCCGCUGGGCCGCGCGCCUAAGCAGACUGAGGCUGCUGCUGCUGACGACGACGCCGACGAAAAUGCCGACGACGAUGCGACCGCCAACCGUCUUGAGCAUACGUUUGUCCUGCACGGCGUACACGCCGCCCAACUGGCUGACCGUCUCGACAUGGACGGCGAAGGCAAAUCCAAAUCCUCGUACGCACUCAAAACCGCACUCGCGCGCCUCGAGCUCGAGACCGACAAGACCUUGCUGCAGCUGCUGGCACUCGAGUGCCGCGCCGGCGAGGAGCGGGGCAUGCGCGCGCUUGAGCUGGUGCGGCUGAUGCGCGAUGGCGGUGGCAAGAUGGUCGAGGCUGCCGGCAAGGUGGCCGAGCGGUACGGCCGGACGGUACUGGGCACCAAGAUUCGGGCCCUGGGCGAGCGGCGUAUGCAAGGCCAGCUGGGCUUGCUGGAUGACGACGAUGAAGAUGGCGAGUAG